UCAUCGCCACUCUCUAUCUCUCCCUUCCAUAAAGUUGAAAUCUCAUUCUCAACCGCGAACCAAGCUUCUCGCUUCAGUUCGUUGCCGCUAUCGUCUUUUUAUCUUUUUCUGUCUUUUGGAAAAUCAAACAAAACAAAACCAAACCCUAACCCUCUCUCGAUUUCACUUUCCCUGUUUUCGAAUCUCGUUUUAGUGUAAAGCUCAGUGCUCUUUCCCAAUCUCAGAUCUGUUAGUUUAACACUCGAUUCGAAUAAGUUCGAGGUGGUCUUUGGAUUUUCCAUGCAAUUUGGGGAUUCAGAGGCUCUCUUUGGAUUUGAAUUAUUGUUUCGUUUGGAUUAGUUUCUCUUUUGAAUUGGUGUGUGUGGUUUUAAGGAUUUCGUGCUCCAGGCUUUCAUUUUGACACGAAUCUCAAGUCUGCCAGUAGUUUCUUCGUGAAUGCUGUGCGGUAGUGUUGCUUUUCUGGUAUUUACCACCUUCGGAUUUGCAGAAGCUUUGUUUAUAGAUUUUGAUGGGAGAAGAAGCUCUUUGUGUUCAAGCUUUAGCAGAUGGAGAGAAGGAAAACAAUGAGGAAUUAAGGACGGAACUGAAGAGGAACUACGACCAAUGUGAUGCUGACACAACCGAGUCUCCUAAUAAGAAACAAGCAAAGGAAGUUUCCAAUGAUGAAUUGCGCUCUGAAGUUUUCAACCCGAACAUUUCUGUGACUGAGAAUGCUUUAGCUUUUCAGGAUAUUAGUAGCCAGCCCACGGAAUCGGAAAAUGGUAACCCUGCAGAGUGUGGGGAACUAACGUCCACUUGUUUUGAGAAUUCAAGCUCUGAUGAGACCUUAAGUGAUGAAGCUAGUGAUCACAAUAUCAAUAGCACUUUUCGGAGUGAUAAGGACCCCAGUAGCUCCGCAAUUUCUUCUUGUGUUGUACUGGAGAUUCCGAAGCAUGUUAGUUCAACUGGGAUUAGAAAAAUUACUUUUAAGUUCAGUAAGAAGAAGGAGGACUACGAUUACCAAUCACCUGCUCCAACUUAUAGACCUGCUGGCUUUGCUGAAGGCAGUAAUCCCUAUGGUUUUCAUGGGGAUGAUGAGGAAUAUAUGGCAAGGGCUGAUUAUAGUGGUGGGUCGUUGGAGAGCCUGGGUGGAAUGGGAUAUGCUCAAAAUGGAGAUUUCGACUUGUACACUCGCAACAUGGAGUUGAAGAUGUCGAAAAAGGUAGUCCCCAACUGCUACCCCACAAAUGUCAAGAAGCUGUUAUCAACUGGUAUCCUUGAUGGAGCUCUAGUGAAGUAUAUUUACAACCCGGGAAAGGUUGAACUACCUGGGAUUAUUGAUGGUGGUGGAUAUUUGUGUGGCUGUUCCAUGUGCAAUUAUUCCAGAGUGCUUAGUGCCUACGAGUUCGAGCAGCAUGCUGGUGCCAAGACUAGGCACCCAAAUAAUCACAUAUACCUAGAGAAUGGAAGACCGAUAUAUAGUAUUAUCCAAGAAAUAAAAACUGCUCCACUCAGCAUUCUAGAUGAGGUUAUAAAAAAUGUCGCUGGUUCAUCUGUCAACGAGGAGUCCUUUUUAAUAUGGAAAGAAAGUAUUUUACAAAGCAAUGAGAGGGCUCAGGGUUAUAAGAAUUAUGGCACCAAGUUUACUGGCAUGCCUCAUAAGAAGACAAGCCAAUCUGUGGAAAUUUUGGGUCAGUUGUCUUCUAUCCAUGUGCCAAGUCAUUUUGAGCAACAAUUAAAUGUGAAGCAGAUAACUGACGAGUGGAAACCUGUGGUAAAAAGAAGUGCUGAUGGUUGCACUAAAAGAAGGGACAAUGAUUUACACAGGUUACUCUUUAUGCCAAAUGGACUACCAGAUGGUGCUGAAUUGGCUUAUUAUGUUAAAGGACAGAGAAUACUUAGUGGUUACAAACAGGGAAAUGGUAUAGUCUGUAGUCAUUGUGAUAUAGAGAUAAGUCCAUCACAAUUUGAAGCCCAUGCUGGAAUGGCUGCAAGACGCCAACCUUACCGACACAUAUACACCUCCAAUGGGUUGACACUUCAUGAUAUAGCUCUGUCUUUGGCAAAUGGUCAAAACCUGAUGACGGGACAUAGUGAUGAUAUGUGUGCAGUAUGUGGAGAUGGAGGAGAUCUGGUUCUUUGCAAUCAAUGCCCCAGAGCUUUUCAUGCAGCAUGCUUGGGUUUUGAGUGUGUUCCAGAAACAAGUUGGCGUUGUCUAAAUUGUAGAAAUAGUGCUGGUAAUGGAAGAGAAUCUUCUAUGAUGACAUCAAGUAUGAUACGGUUGACACGGGUUGAUAAAGCACCUGAGUUUGAAAUGGGAGGAUGUGUUGUCUGCAGGGCAAACGAUUUCAGUGUGUCUAAGUUUGAUGAGCGAACAGUAAUAAUUUGUGAUCAGUGUGAGAAGGAGUAUCAUGUUGGUUGCUUACGGGAGAUAGGGCUUUGUGAGUUGGAAGAACUGCCCAAGGAUAAGUGGUUUUGUUGUGAUGACUGCAAUAGAAUAUAUGUGGCUCUCCAGAAUUCAGUUUUUGCUGGACCUGCCAUUAUACCAGUCUCCUUGUCAGAACUAAUAAUAAGGAAACAUGAGGAAAAGGGACUAUUUACCUAUGGAGGCAUGAAUGAUAUCAAGUGGAGAAUCUUAAGUGGAAAAAGCCGUUAUCCGGAGCAUUUGCCAUUACUUUCUCGUGCUGCUGCAAUUUUCCGAGAGUGUUUUGAUCCCAUUGUUGCUACAUCUGGACGUGAUCUGAUUCCUGUUAUGGUCUAUGGGAGAAAUAUUUCUGGCCAAGAAUUCGGAGGGAUGUAUUGCAUUGUUCUAAUUGUCAAUUCUGUUGUUGUAUCUGCUGGGCUGCUUAGGAUUUUUGGUAGUACUGUUGCUGAACUUCCACUGGUAGCUACUAGCAGAGAACAUCAAGGAAAGGGUUAUUUCCAAGUGUUAUUCUCUUGCAUAGAGAGGUUGCUGUCUUCUCUCAAUGUAGAAAAGUUGGUGCUUCCUGCAGCUGGGGACGCAGAGUCAAUUUGGACUAAAAAACUAGGCUUCAGAAAGAUGAGUGAAGAUCAGUUAUCCAAAUAUCUUAAGGAGGUGCAGCUAACCCUGUUCAAUAAAACUUCAAUGCUGGAGAAGAGAGUGCAGCUUGCGAUAGAGUGAUGCUUUUUUAUGCAGUGCUGUAACUAAUUUUUGGUUAUAUAUUCAUUUGUUAGUUUCUUUCACAGUAACAUUUCUGCUAUACUCUUCCUCUUAGCUGCUUUCUUCUUCCUUUUGUUUUCCCCCUUAUUUUUUUUUUUCUUGGUAGUAUGGGUGUUUGUGGCUGAAUCUUUUGGUGGCAAGCCAAACCAGCCAUUCUCUCUUUCUUGUACAAUGUAGGAUAGAAGAGUAACCGUUGAAAAUUGGGACAAACAGGGCCUAGAAGGGUAGUAGGAAUAGAGGAGUUUUGAAGGAUAUAAAUAGCAUGCUGACCAUAUUUUUUUCCUAAAUUAGCAUGCAAAUCAGUAUGAAGUUUUUAUUUUUUAUUUUUAUUUUUUUUUUAUAUACUUGUAUUGUGAAUUUUAGUUGCUUGUUUCUUUUCCUUCCUAAAAGGACAUUGUAACGUAGUGAUGAAGUCAUGUUCAUAACUCUUUGCGCCUUCUCUGGAACCACAAAUAAUAGCAAAAUGUUGUUAGUUGUA